GCCUAGUCUUGCAUGUAUAAUAAGGGCAGGAAGAAACACAGUGCUUCAUGGCAACCGGAGAAGAGAUAUGGACGGAGGAAUCUAAACCAGGGCAGAUCGGAUCUGUUAAGAAUCGCCAUCGCCGAUCCAGAUCCGAGGACUUGAAUAAUGUGGGUGAGACACCGGGUUGGACUGCCAGAAAGAGGAAACUAUAUUUUGAUCCGAAUGUGGAUGAGACGCCCGGUUGCACUGCCAGAAAGAGGCAACUACGUCUUGUGCCGAAUGUGGAUCAGACACCGGGUUGGACUCCUCCCAAUGAGUGGAAACUAAUCUUUGAUCCGAAUGUGGCUGCACAGGAGUGGACUGCCUUUAGGUUGUUGAUUUCCACAACAGAUGAUGCUGCCUUUAAUCUUUACAAGCACAUGAAUAGUUUCAAGAAAUAUUAUCUCACGAAGGAAAAUGUUGAAGUGAAUUUUCAUUCUGUAGCUACUGGAGUCGGAAUUGUAAUGAAAAGGGACUCUAUACGCUCUGUGCUUCUGGCUCUUUUUGCUUUUGCGGUGCAUCACCGACACCUUUUGCGCUCCAUGCCUUACGACAAAUGCGUCACAAGACUACUUGUACCGGCUGCACAUGCAAAAAAGUUAAUUAUUCUAUACACAUUGAAGUCCCAUCCGCGCAGCCUUAAUAUGUAUCUAACAGGUAACAUGGCAGCUUUUUUCCCUGGUGAUGUGAUUGUUAAUGUGGAAGGGGACCGUGAGUAUGUACACAAAACAGUUGAGUCAGUUGUUUCUUAUCUCGGAGAGUUUGGAGUUGAUGAGAGCACGAUGUUAGAGUUAAAAAUUGGAAAAGGCAUUCGUUCAUCAUAUCAGGGAAUGUGUGUACCUGAAAAAACAUAUUCAGACGUGAAAGCUGAAGGAGAGUUUAUGCACACUGUACAAUCUUUAUCUCCUUCGUGGAGCGUUGCAAUAUGUGGAUUAGUCACUGGGGAAUCAAGUCCGGAGGUCUAUGUUUCCCUGGAAACAUUUACGCUUAAGGAAGUGAUUAUUCAUAUUGGGGGUAAACGUUAUUCGGAUGUUGAGGUUGCUGUGGAUGUGAUGGUUGUGGAAGACCCAAUAUGUUUUCGAUGAACUUUGUAUUUCAUUUAUUUCCAGCCUUACCUGUCCAUGUGUUUAUCGUGAUUAUUAUUAUUAGCAUAUCAUUUCAAUAUAGUAUGAUAUGAAGUCUAUAUAAAGAGAACGUAUGGUCUGUGGUUUUAAUUGACAAAGCGUGUUAUUUAUUUAUUUAUUUGCAGGGAUUGAUUCGAGACCGAAAGAAAGAUUGACAAUUUUU